UGUGACGUAGGCACAGACGCCACCGUCGGUCGGUGUUCCUGAAAACGGAAAACCAUCACGAUGUCUGGUCGGUGACGUACCGGCCAUGCUUGUUUGUUCUUGUUCAUCAUAAAGAGGUCGAUUCGUAAAUUCGCUUUAGUGUAAAAUGGAGGAAACGGAUUUGUUUAUGGAGUGUGAGGAGGAGGAGCUGGAGCCAUGGCAACAGAUGAAUCAAGAUGAGCUAUAUGAUUCACCUGACAUUGCUGAAAGAGCUAUACCACCAUCUGUGUCCAAACCAGUUGUGGUUUCCAGCAUUUCACCAGCCAGGACUAAUCUAAAUACUCUCCCAUUGCUCACACAUCCAUUGCCAACAGCUUUACCUGCUGGCAUCUCUAAAGGUACACCAGGGCAGCAGUUGAUUUUGACCCAAGGUGCUGGGGGAUUGACACCUGUGGCUUUGUCCCAGGUGAUUCUGCCAUGCACUUCUCCUGGUGCUAGCGCUGGUAGCAGCCAGCCCAUCUACCUAACCACACAGGGUAUCCCUGUCCAGAAUAUCCAGUCUGGUCAAAGCCCACUGAGCAUUGUAUUAAAUGUCCAGCAAGGCCAAACAGUUCGCCCCAUUACUCUGGUCCAAGCACCUGGUGCACCUGGACUUUUUAAACCAGCAGUGGGAACAACUCAAAUAAUUACUCCACAAGCUCAAAUGAGGCCGACAGCUCCUGUAGUGAACCGUGGACAGACGCCAGUCUCCUUCCCUGCCAUGCAGAUUCCUGCCACACUCACUAUCCGAAACACCACUCCAGCCAACCAGGCCAGGGCAAUGUCUGUCCCAAGCUCCCAGCCUUCCACUCAACCAAAACCACUGCCCAUUAACACUCAGACUAAAAUUGUGACUGUUAAAUCAGGAGACAUGCAGAAUCUGAUGAAUAUUAUGAACACAGUCAAUAUUCCUCCUGGGAGUCAGGCUCAAACCAUUGUUGUCAUGAGCAAUCAGAAGGUUAAUGGCUCUGGCUCUGCUGCUGUCCAGACAGCUCUUCCUGUAGCUCAGAGCAACAUCGUGCAAGGUACUUCUGUGUCACCGCUAUCCUACGCUUGUCCGCGCUGUGGAGCCCAGUUCAAAAUGGUGGAGGCACUGCGGGGACAUAUGUGUUUCUGCUGUCCAGACAUGACUCAUACAAGUGUAAAGAGUGAAAUGCCCAAGCAUUUAGAACAAAAUCAGAGCAUCCCCAUCAUAAAAAUAAAGACUGAAGGUGUCAUGAAUCCAGGAGAACAUCAGUCCAGGAUUGUCAUGUUGGUGGAUGACUUCUAUUACGGAACCUACGAGGGAAAUCGGGAAUAUGUUCCAACAGACAACGUAAAAGAAACAUUAUCAUUCAGAUGCUUCACUUGUGGCAAGAAGCAGAAGAACAAUAUCAGGCUCAUGAACCACAUGAAGUUACAUGUAGAUGUAGAACAGCAGAAUGGAGAACACGCAUCCUGCCCGCACUGUUAUCGCCAGUUUCCAAGUCCAUUUCGCCUUCAGUGUCAUGUGGAGAGCGUCCAUUGCACUAUAGAAUCAACUACCAGGUGUAAAAUUUGUGAGUGGGCCUUUGAGAGCGAACCUGUUUUCCUGCAGCACAUGAAGAAUACCCACAAACCUGGAGAAAUGCCAUAUGUCUGCCAGCUGUGCCAGUAUAGAUCUUCAUUCUACUCUGAUGUGCACAGUCACUUCUGCACAUGGCAUGAGGACACCCGCUACCUGCUCUGCAUUUACUGCCUGAAGGUCUUUAAGAACUCUGGUACAUAUCAGCAGCACUUCGCCCGUCAUCAGAAAUCGUCAGUUUAUCACUGUAACAAAUGCAGACUUCAGUUUCUCUUCACAAAAGAGAAGGUUGACCAUAAAGUCAAUCACCACAAGACCUUCCGCAAGCCAACUCCACUGGAAGGGCUCCAGGCUGGGACUAAAGUGACCAUUAGAGCGUAUGCAGGGCACAAAAAAAUUACAGGUCUAACCAGUCCUAAAACAAGUAAAGACACUGAGAGACACACAAGCACUGCCCAGCCUGGUCAAACCGCUACUGAGCAGAUAGCACAAAGCAGUGGACCUGCUAAAAAGCAGAUCACCAAAAUGUAUGGCUUCCUGACCAAGUUCCAGGAAUACAGAGCACUGUUAGGGAGACAAAGGUGUGUGGAGUGCACCUUUGAUAUCCCAGAUUUUGCCAAUCACUAUCCUACAUAUGUCCACUGUUCACUGUGCGCAUAUAGCACAUGCUGUUCCCGUGCAUAUGCCAACCACAUGAUCAACAAUCAUGUUUCAAGCAGAUCUCAUAAAGCCCGUUCUAAAAAGGGAUCUUUGAGUUGGUUAAAGCUAACAUGUGCUUGGUGUAACUACAAGACUACUCAGGGAGACCUGAUGGCUAAACACUUGGCCCAAUUCCCAAAACACUCUCACUGUGUUUUCAGUCUAAAAGAGUGUCUGGAGACUGAUAUUGAGUUCUGCCAGGUGGAGGAGGAGGAGGAGGAGGAGGAGGUGGAGGAGGAGGAAGUGGAAGGAGCUAAUGAUGUUGGGGCAAAGCCUGACUGGUUGUCCAUGGAGAACUGGAGCGUUCCAAGUGAUGGAGGAUCUGUGCCAGAGUUCACAGACAGCAGUGGGCCACAGCAUUCAAUGGCUAAAAGCAGUGAUGUACUUGAGUAUUUUCAGCUAUUAUUCCCCGACAGCCUCAUAGAGCAGAUUGCUAAGGAGACCAAUGCUUAUGCUGAGUAUCAGCGCUAUGUAGGCAGAGGAGACGCCACUUGGCAAUCUCUUACCAAUGAAGAGGUCAAAGGCUUCAUAGGCCUGUCCAUUCUGAUGGGACUGCAUGUUCUUCCAGAGCCAGAGAUGUAUUGGUCCUGGGAGCAUUAUCAUAGCUGUUCCACGUUUUACAGGACCAUGUCUGCAGCCCGCUUCAAGCAGAUCAGCUUGCAUAUUCGGAUGAACAGCAUGCUUGAAAAAGAAGACCACCACAAUGUGGACAAGCUGAUUUUCUUCCAGCCCAUACUGAAAACCCUGGAGACCAGCAUGCGCAAAGCUUACAAGCCAAACAAAUGUUUGACAAUUGAUCGAACUUUACUUAGAUCCCAUGAAAAUGCAGCUGAUGGGGAGAAGUGUAGAAACUCUCAACCACAAAUAUGGCUCUUAUGUGAUUCGAAGUCAGGGUACUGUCAUAAAUUGUUAAUCCUGACCAAGCAGAACAAGAACAAAGACUUGGGGAGCUUGGUUGUGCCAUAUCUUGUAAAGGGCCUUGAAGGUAGACAUCAUCAGAUAUUCAUGUCAAGCCUGCUAACAAGUAUUCCCUUAAUGAAGGAGUUGCACAAAAAGAACAUAUACUGUUCCAGCUCCAGCUCCAUAUGCAGCACAGUCCUUCCUAGAGACUUCUGGGAUCAGCCUGCAUUGAAGAAUACUGGGGAUUAUGUCCAAUUUGAACACCCCCCUGUACUGGUUACCAGAUGGAAGGAUGCUAAAGAGAUGGUCUGCAUUUCUACAAAUGCUGUCUCUGGCCAGCCAGACAAAGUAUGGAGGAGGUCUACCAGUAAGGCGGGGGAACUCUCUACCAUUUCAAGACCACUAGCGUUUAAGCUGCUGCAAGAUAACAUGCGUGGUGUGGACAUCUGCAGUCAGCUCCUGGCCUGCAACCAGCUAGGAGGAUUGCUCCUGGACACAAACUGGCGUCGUCUUUUCUGGUUCCUUGUCAACUUGAGUAUCAUUAACUCCUUUAUUGUACUACGAGAGACUCGGAAAGGCAACCCACCCGGAUGGCUUCAGGGAGGCCACUUCUCUCAAGCUAACUACCGAAAACGCUUGGGAUACCAGCUGGCCAAGUGUGCUGAAAGACAGGCUCUUCAGAAGGAAAUGAACAGUGACCAGUUGCAUCAGCGGAGACAUGAGGGGAAUUCUAAAAUUGGGAGUGUGGAUCCUAAGAGGCAAAAUACUCAGCCUACACAGGACACCACUACACCUAAAAACCUUUCCUAUGGCUCGGCAAUGGAGGAUUCCCCUGCGAUGAAUGAAGAUAUUGAUCAGGAAUUAGCCCCUCUGGGGUCAUCCGAUUCAGAACUGGAGACAGAUGACAGUAGUCAGCAAGAGCCCCUUGAGAACAAAGAUGAGCACAAAGGCAAGGAGUCUGCAGCAAAGGCAAAUUCUCCAAAUUCUAUCAAAGAAACUGAGGACAUGCUGUCUGCACAUCAGCUCCGAAUUCUACUGUUCGCAUUGUGCUCUGGAGUACAGAAAGCAGCCAAGGAUAUGGACACGGAACCUCAGCUCAUUAGGACUUGGCUUCAAGACAAAGAGAAAAGACUAGACUGUGAGGAUCUAGGCAGUAGCAGCAGAGAGGCUGUGGAGCAUUUGGUGGAGUGGGUACUAGUCCAGCGAGAACAACAGCAUCCCAUCGGAGAGGAGAACUUGUUUCAAAAAGCUUCUGAGAUCCACAGUCAGACUAAUCAAAACAGUUCCUUCCGUAUUUCAUAUGACUGGGCAGUGACCUUCAUGCUACAGCACAAGCUUGGCUUGCACAACAUUGGAAUUCCUGGUCAUCAGCUACCACGCAGAAUGGAGGAAAAUUGCAAGGAUUUCACAGGGUUUGUGCAUAGACAUAUUAAAACGCAUAAUGUUCCUUUCUCAGCUGUUGGUGCUAUGGAUGAGCUUUCAAUUUUUGUUGACUUUGACCAACUUGUCACAUCUAAAGACUCAGCAUUCCAAUUAGAGGGCACUGAGACACCGUGGAUGAACAUUUACCUGUCGGUGCUGGCAGACGGUACAAUGUUGCCGGCAAUGCUGUUUAUUAAAGGCACGCCUUUAGAGAGUUUUAGCAAAGGGCUGUCAGACUUAGUUCAACUUGAAGCAAGAGUUGAAGGUUUUUCAGAAAAAGAACAACUAGAGAUCUGGACUGCUAAUGUAUGGCAGAAGUAUUUAAACUCUCAGAAUGGGACUAAGGCCAUACUAGUUAUUGAUGGCCAUCAUAGCCACAUGACAGAUGACUUCCUAUCCAACUUAAGUGGAACCCAGACCUUGCCUAUGGUUAUUCCAUCUGGGUGCAGCAGUCAACGACAGCCUUUGGAAAUGUGUCUGUGCCCUGUGCUGAAAAAGUUCUUGCUGUGUCGCUGGUCUCAUUUAGCAAACCAAAACAGAACAGGUGAGAUGAAGUCUGAAGACCUGGUUCGGCUUCUUGUGUCGUGGUUAGGGGAGGCCUUGGCUUGUUGUUCUGGUAAGCCUCAAAUGAUUCAGCAUUCGUUCUGCUACUCCAGACUGAUCACAGAAAAUGAAGAAUGUAACAAGGACACUGAUGGACAGUUGAAACUUCUGAAUACAUUGACUGAAGCCAUGCUUGGGCAUGAAAAGAUAAAUUCUGUGUCACAGUCGAAGGAAGAGUCCAUAGAUGAACAUGUUGAAGAAAAAAAAGAAAAAGUAAUCAGUGAAAAUAAAAACAGUGUUGAACAGACAGAGGGAGAAAUACUUGAAACUGAAAAUAACAGCAGAACUGAUACAGAGCAAAAACCACAGGCAACAAUGAAUGAAGGUUUAGAGGCAUCUAGUGCGACUUCAGAGUACUGUUCCCCCCUUCUUCCUGAUAAGUCCUCAAAGUCACAAGCUGUACAUCAUGUUAAUGAGAGAGAGGAGCUUUUAGAACCCUGUCAGGACCUUGAUACAACACAGACUGAUGUUGGAUCCAGUUGUUAAUUUGCUAAAGACAUUUAAAAGAAAGGGUGAAUAAAGGUAGUAUAUAUUUAAGGACUAAUAAUUCAUUAUCCUGAGGAGAAAUUGUCUUAAAAACCUCAAAGCUAAUUUUAUUGCAAAAUUCUAAAGUGGAUGAGAGACUUGACCUUUUUUUAAACUAUUUGUACUUUCUCCCAGAUUGUAACUAUUUUUCAUUUACGUCUAUGGAUGUGGAUCUCCUGUACAUUAAAGUUUUGUUUCAUCCAUCCAAUUAAACAUGGGUGUCUUCACCCUUAUGUCUCAGUGACAAUGAAGAUACUAUAAUGAGAGCUGGAUGUAUCUUGAAGAGAUGAGAAUUUUUUUGCUGCUCUGGAGUUAACUCUGGUAACUGCUUUACCCAAACAUUUACAUUUCACCAAACACGUUACUUUCUGUUUGCUUUUAUUUAUACAGAAAUAAAUCCUGGAUUAUUUAAAAGAACAUGGCAUCAAAAUAUAUCAUCACUGGUAAACAGACAUGGAGAUCCAUGUAACAUUAUAUAAAUUAUACCAUGCUGAACAUGUCAAACUAGCUUAUGUUUACUUUCAGAUGGUUUGGAAUUUUUGGACAAACAAUAUAAAGAGGAUCACUUCCUAUUCUAUUUGUGUUUAAAUGUUUAUAUGUUUGUAUAAUAUAUUUGUAUAAAUGUUUGCUUGGUUUCUCUUCGGGUCGGUGUUGCCCAAUAUGCAAAUUAUGUAGAAUGCAAUUUCUAAAUAACUAUUUGAAAAUGCGUUACAGUAUGAUACCAAUUCAUCACACACACACACACCAAUACUUCACUUGACACAAACCAAAUGUAUGCCAGCAUGGUGGUACAGCAGAUAGUAUUGCUGUACCAGCACCCACCACCCCCUCCCAGGACAUAAAAAAAAAUAAAAAAUAUGAUCAGUAACGUAGCACCAACACCAUUGAGCCACCAUUGCUUUGGAGUUUGGCAUGCUUUCCCUGCAUCCAGGUUUGUUUGAGGUUCUCUGGUGUCCCAAGACAUGUUAGUAGGUAGAGUGGCUACUCUAGAUUGCCCUUGGUCUCCCAAAUAAUCCCAAAGGUGUUCGGUGAGAUCGAACCCAGGGCUAUGUUCAGGUGCUCUUCCACAUCUUUACAGUUCGGUGAAGGUCCACAUAUAGCUGGAUUUUGGCUAUGUAGUGUAAAAGUGUGUCUUUAUUGAGGAAUAUAAAGUGAAAAGUCUUGUGUGUUCAACAUUUUAUAAGGGAGAAAAUAUACACGUACCAACAUACACUGAUCAGGUACAACAUUAUGAGCACUGACAGGUGAAGUGAAUAACACAGAUUAUCUCCUUAUCAUGUGAACAUUUCAGGCAGCAAGCGAACAUUUUGUCCUCAAAGUUGAUGUGUUUGAAGCAGGAAAAAUGGGCAAGCGUAAGGAUUUGAGCGAGUUUGACGAGGGCCAAAUUGUAAUGGCUAGACGACUGGAUCAGAGCAUCUCCAAAACUGCAGCUCUUGUGGGGUGUUCCCAGUCUGCUGUGGUCAGUAUCUAUCAAAAGUGGUCCAAGGAAGGAACAGUGGUGAACCGAUGACGACAGGGUCAUGGAUGUACGUGGGGAGUGAAGGCUGGCCUGUGUGACCCGAUCCAACAGAUGAGCUACUGUUGCUCAAAUUGCUAAAGACGUUAAUGCUGGUUCUGACAGAAAGGUGUCAGGACACACAGUGCAUGACGGGUCAGGGCUGUUCUGGCAGCAAAACACAAUAUUAGGCAGGUAGUCAUAAUGUUAUGCCUGGUCGGUGUUAUCAAUUAAAUAAUUUGACCAUAGCAUUUUGGGUUCUGUCCUAAUUUUGGUAUUUAUAUUAAGGUUUAUUCUAUAGUUGUACUUCAUUUAUU